CACAAGAGCAUAACAUUUCUGGGUUUUCUCUUCAGAAGAAAAUUCCACUCUGAGAAUAUGGGCGAAGAAGAAUCACGAAUCGCUUCCGCUUCCGCAGAUCGUCACCUUCUCCAGAAAAUCGCGAAGAUCCUGAACGAGACUCGCACUUCCUACGCUACUCAUAACCGGAAGCUGAAGGAGUUAGCCACCGUCCGGUCGAAACUAUCUUCGCCUGACUCUGAUGAGUCGUCUUCUGUCCGUCGAUUCGCUUCGGUGUUUUUCAAAACCCUAACCCCUCUUUUCGUUGCGGCCCAACGGAGAACGGCGGCGGCAGAGCGCGUUGUACGGUUCGUGGCGGAAUUCGCUUGUCUUCGUGGUAAUAAUUCAGAUGGUGAUUCCGAUUGCGGCGAGUUUCUUGGUGAAUUUCUCAAGUUUUUACUUGCUGGGUCUGUGGCGGCGAACAGAAACGCCAGGUUCAGGGCUUGCCAAAUAAUCUCCGAGAUCAUAUUGAGGCUGCCAGAUGAGGUGGAAGUGGCGGAUGAACUGUGGGAUGAUGUAAUAGAUGGUAUGAUGUUGCGUGUUCGGGACAAAGUUCCUGUUAUCCGUACGUUUGCUGUCAGGUCUCUUUCACGCUUUGUUAACGAUCCUGAUAAUAGUGACAUUCUUGAUUUGCUCCUUGAGGUGCUUCCCUUGGAACAAAAUCCGGAGGUACGCAAAACCAUUGUUCUGUCUCUGCCUCCUUCAAAUGCAACCACCCAAGCGAUUAUUGAUUGCACGCUCGAUGUUAAUGAAUCAGUACGCAAAGUGGCUUACUCUGUUCUGGCAAAUAAAGUUCCUCUUCAGAGUCUAAGCAUCAAGCUUAGGACCACAAUUCUUCAGAGAGGGCUCGCUGAUCGUGCUGUAAAUGUUUCAAAAGAAUGUUUGAAGCUAAUGAAAAAUCAAUGGCUAUCUAACUGUUGUCAAGGAGAUCCUAUCGAAUUUCUUAAGUACCUUGACGUUGAAACCUAUGAAUCUGUAGCAGAAUCGGCGUUGGAAGUUUUUUUAAGUGAAGGAUUGAUAAUGCCCUCCGAUGAUAAAAGCAUCCAGCAGUGCAUAAUGUCAGCAGAUGGUGAAGCUAGAGAUGAGAGCACAUGUUCUACACCCAGCAUCCAACUUAUGGAGCCAGAGAUUGCUCUUUACUGGAGGAUUAUAUGCAGGAAGUUACAUAAAUGCGCUCAAGCAAAGGGUUCUGAUGCUGCUACUGCAAUGGGAGCUGAGGCAGCAGUUUAUGCUGCUGAAGCUUCAGAUACGAAUGAUUUGUUGGAAAGAAUUCUUCCUGCAACAGUUUCUGAUUAUGUUGCUCUAGUUAAAGCUCACAUAGACUCUGGACCGAAUCAUCACUUUUCUUCAAGGCAGCUAUUAUUGCUGGGCACAAUGCUUGAUUUCUCUGAUGCUAUGCUCCACAAAACUGCAAGUUCAUUUGUCCAGGAGCUGCUCCACAGACCUUUUGAGCAAGAGUUAGACGAAGAUGGGAACAGUAUUGUGAUUGGUGAUGGUAUAAACCUUGGUGGUGAUAAAGAUUGGGCUGAAGCAGUGUCCAAAUUAGCUAAGAAAGUUCAUGCCGCCCCUGGAGAAUUUGAAGAAAUUAUACUUGUUGUUAUUGAAGAACUAGCGAGACCCUGUAGGGAAAGGACUGCGGAUUUCCUGCAGUGGAUGCACAUGCUUUCUCUGACAAGUCUUCUCUUGGAAAAUGGAAAAUCUCUACAUUCACUGCAAGGGAAGGCUAUUGAACCAGAAGAGAUACUGCAUGCUUUGUUGCUUCCAGGGGCAAAACACACUCACUUGGAUGUGCAGAGGAUUGCUAUAAAGUGCCUCGGUCUUUUUGGUUUGUUAGAAAAGAAGCCUAGCGAAGAGCUAGUAAGGCAGCUACGGAUAGCUUUUUGUAGAAGCCCUCCUCCGAUUAGUAUUAUGGCUUCCAAGGCACUAGUGGAUCUUGGGAUGUGGCAUAGCCCAACAGAAGUUGACAAGGCAAUGGGACAAGAUCUCUUGUCACAAUUUGAGGAUGAGAGCAUUGAUUUUGUACCUGUCGACUUGUCAAAUGCUGAAGAAGAUUUGAACUUAAAGAUGCUCGAUCUCUUGUAUGCUGGACUUGAAAGUGAUGACUGGAGAGCAUACACAGAGAGCAGUGAAGAUGAGUCUGUUAAAGCAACUGUCGGGGAGGGGUUUGCGAAACUUCUUCUUCUAGGAGAGAAGUACCCAAACUUGCCUGCAUCGUUUUAUCCUUUUAUUCUGGGCAAGCUGAUUGCAUUAUACUUCAGCGAGGAGUCAAAAGAACAACUGAGGUUCAAACAGUGUUUAUCUGUCUUCUUUGAGCACUAUGCUUCUCUCUCGGAAAAGCAUAAGGGAUAUGUGUCAAAGGCUUUUGUUCCUCUCAUACGCUCAUUGUGGCCUGGGAUUGAUGGAAUUUCCAAAAACUCUUCAUAUGCUGUAUCAAAUCAACGUAAGCGAGCAGUUCAAGCAUCCAGAUUUCUCCUGCAGAUGAUGCAAACCCCACUAUACAAAUCACCAGACUCACCAGAAGAUUCUGUCCAGCCUCCACUAGACCGUACAGAAGAAGGGUUAGCCAUACGCAUAGCCGUGGAGAUGGUAAGGUUCAAUGCUAAGAAGACUGCUGCUGAGAAGGCAUACGUUGCAGCACUAUGCAAAAUACUUGUGCUACUCAAUCUGAAACCAUCAGAGCAAAAUGUGAUAAAGUUGAUGAAAAAGCUUUUAACCCAAGUCGCGGAAUCUGUAUGCUCAGAGAAGGAUCUUCUAAAGGAAGUGAAACUGGUACUUGAACAUCUAAAAUCUUUGGAUGCUUGUCCAAGCGAGGAGCUUUCACAAGAUGAAGCAAAUUCCAUCUUUGAAACACUAGGAGUAAGUUAUAACCUCGACAUCACUGCACCUGCAACAGUUCCACAGACACCUGCUCCUUGCUCAACAAGAGUACCAGCUCGAUCAAGAAGACGAGUAAGGAUGGAAGAAGCAUCCUCUGAUGAAGAUGAUGAAGAAGUAGCAUCUCCUCCACCUUCUGCUAUGCCUUCUGCUCCUAAUACUUUGAUGACCCGAUCACACCGGGCAAGUAAAGCUGCUGCUUUAGCCAAAAUAAUGGCAAGCAAAGUGAAAAUGAGCUAUGCAGAUGAGGAUAUUGAGGAGGAAGAAGAAGGUUCGUCCGAUGUCACAGCAGAGGAUUCAGAUGAAUCUGAGGAAUAUAGAGAAUGAGUUAGUGACUAGUUCUGUACUUCUGUUGUUUGUAGGUUUGCUAACAAAGCAUAUGCUAUGAGUUUGUUACCUCUUCUUGUGACCAAUUCGUUGCUUGUUAUGUGCAAGUUUAGGUUUUGUUUGACAUUGAGCAUCUAUGAUUUGGAAAAGAUGAAAAGGUACA